CGCGACUGAGACCCGACAAACUCAGCUCUGCCAGCGCUAAAGAUGGAGGCGCCGGGGCGGUGUCGCGCCCUGCCCGUGCCCCUAGUAAAGAUGGCGGCAUCCCCCCCCCCCCCUUGCCCCGCCCGCUGUGCCCCGCCCCCGCGUCACGCCCCUAAGCAAGAUGGCGGCGCGGGGGACAGGCGCUUCCGCAAGCGUCAGUUCCGCCCCCAGGCAAGAUGGGGUUCCGGCGGCGGGGCGAUGGCGGAGGAGGCGGCGCGGCGGGCGGUGGCGGAGCUGCCGCUGCUGCGGGCGGCGGCGGGGCCGCGGGACCGGGAGGGCUGGGCGCCGCGGCUGAAGGAGGAGUACCGCGCCCUCAUCCAGUACGUGGAGAACAACAAACGCGCCGACAACGACUGGUUCCGCCUGGAGUCCAACGCCGAGGGCACCCGGUGGUUUGGGAAGUGCUGGUACAUCCACGAGCUGCUCAAGUACGAGUUCGCCAUCGAGUUUGACAUUCCAGUGACCUACCCCUCCACCGCCCCCGAGAUCGCCAUCCCCGAGCUGGACGGGAAGACGGCCAAGAUGUACAGGGGGGGCAAGAUCUGCCUCAGCGACCACUUCAAGCCCCUCUGGGCCAGGAACGUCCCCAAAUUUGGCUUGGCCCACCUGAUGGCGCUGGGGCUGGGCCCCUGGCUGGCCGUGGAGAUCCCCGACCUGGUUGCCAAAGGCAUCAUCCAGCACAAGGAGAAGUGAGCGGCCGAAGGGAGGCGGGGGGGUGUGUGUGUGCCCCGCCCCUCACCCCCCGCGCCCCCCCCCCCAACGCUCCCCCCGCCCCCCUGCUGCAUCGCUGCUGCUCCCCAAUAAAAUCUUCAGCCCUGGC